AUGAAGGUUCGUACUGAAGAGGAGCAGGACCUGGUUGACCUGGAGGACAACGUGUGUCAUGUGCCGGUGAAAAACCCGGGUAGUGUGGACUCGGACGUUAAGAAGAAGAUAAAUGUCCUCCUACAGGCCUACAUCAGCCGUCAACAACCGAGAACGCACUCUCUCAUUUCUGACAUGAACUACAUCCAACAGAACGCUGGCCGCUUGGCGCGAUACAUCUUCGAGAUCGCUGUUCGGCGUGGAUGGGCGGUGGCCGCCAGUCAUGCACAUCGCCUCUCCAAGGUAACCCCGUUGGUUUACUUUAUUGGAACUAUUCGCACGUUAUUAAGUAGCAUACGCGGAGUCUGCCUUUUUGAUGUUUAA